UUAUACUCCUAAUCAAGCGUGCAUAUGCUUCAUGGGAAAUGUAGUCAGUGUUCCUUAGUUGCUUGAAUAAAAUACAUGAAUGCUGGAAGAAAAGAACUACAUUACCUAGCCGACAGCGAAGCUAUACGGUUUACAAUUUCUGACGAGGGUUCCAAAAUUCGCUACAUUGUAAACAACUCAAUCUGCCUGACAGCACAUGCACAACUUCACGCUACAAUGCAAGAAUCCGCUGAAUGUUAUCCAGUAUUCCAGUAUGACAAGUGCCGUUUCGACCAGAGCACGUUUGUUGGCAGAUUCAGACACUUCCUGGAUGUGAUUGACCCCAGGACCCUGUUUGUGUCAGAGAAACGUCUUCAGGAGUGUCUGGAUCUCCUAGACCGUUUCAAUCAUGGAACUCUCCCUACAGGGGUGACCAACGCCCAGCUUUGGCAAGCUCAAAAGAUAAAACAGGCCAUCCUCCACCCUGACACUGGGGACAAGAUCCUCAUGCCCUUUCGGAUGUCAGGUUAUAUACCUUUUGGCACACCAGUGGUGAUAGGUCUCCUCCUACCCAACCAGACCCUGCUGUCCUCCAUCUUCUGGCAGUGGCUGAACCAGAGUCACAACGCAUGUGUCAACUACAGCAACCGCAACGCCACCAAGCCGACUCCCAUCUCCACGUUCUGCGUGGGCUACGUUGGCGCGGUGACCAGCGCAGUCUCCAUUGCUGUGGGGUUGAAGGUCCUGGUGCAGAGAGCCGACAAGUUCGGCCCAGCCACUCGCGUUCUGCUCCAGAGGUUCAUCCCUUUUCCUGCUGUGGCCGGUGCAAAUGUGUGUAACGUGCUCCUCAUGCGCCACUCGGAGCUGUCGGAGGGCAUCAGUGUGUUGGACGACAGCGGGAAGGUGGUGGGCACCUCCAAACUGGCUGCCAGGCACGCCCUUCUCGACACGGCACUCACCAGAGUGGUCCUGCCUAUGCCUAUCCUCCUGCUGCCCCCCGUCAUCAUGGCCAUGCUAGAGAGGUUCCCCCUCCUCCAGAAGCACAGGAGACUGGUGCUUCCCAUCCACAGUGUGGUGUGUCUGGGAGCCUUCAGCCUGGCGCUGCCCCUGGCCAUCAGCCUCUUCCCUCAGAUGUCUCAGAUCGAUGUGUCACGACUAGAGCCGGACAUUGCCAUGGCGACUGAUUGUAAGAGCGUGACCUACAAUAAAGGGCUGUGAUUGGUAUGUUGGCUGCCCGGGUCACUAGCAACCAUGCCCCGGUGGAGCCAUGUGACCAGCCAGACUCGGCCUGCGCCUCCCAGUGCUGCCCAGUUAACCACACAGCUGACGGGCCUCACAGUGUGACUGGGGACGGGGGAGUUUUACAAACGCUUGCUAGGGAAGGGUGUGAAAUACAGAGAAAGGGUGUACUAUUGCUACUACUGCAGCUGUAUUGGUGAGAUGUUUGCAAAGUGGUCCUUUGAACAUUUACAGAUCUACAGAUCAUUGACUAGGAUUUUGAAUCAGAUGUACUCCGACUUUAGUGAACUCUAAAUAAACCACAUUUGCAGCGUUUAAUUUGUCAAAGGAUGUGCAAAUAUUUUCUGAUAAUCUUCUUUAGUAAUGCCCUUAGGAUUAUCUCGGCCUGGUGUUUAGUUAUGUAAUCAUACUUGAUUCAUUUACAUUUUCCACUUGAUGUCUUAUCUGCACUACUAUCAUAAGUUUGUUUACCUGGUUGUCAAGGGAACAUGGCACGGUUGUUGGUUGUGCGGGGCAACGUGACAAGUCGCCACAGGCUUGCCUAUUAGAGAACAGUAGAUGUGCCUCCCUUGCAAGGCAAAUAAAAACAAUCUGUUCUCAAACAUACGUAUUCCUGGCAGAAUGUUAUACUCUAGAAGGUAAACAACUUCUCGCUCGUUGCUUUCGACUGAAAACCCUUCGUCUAUAAUGUAUAUAUUUCUCUUCCUCCUCCCUCUCUCUCCCUCUAUCUCUCUCCCUUUCCUAACUAGCUCUCCCUCCUUCACCUGUGUCCUCCCGACCCUCCUGUGUCUCUCCUCUGGGCUUGCUUUGUUCUCUGCAUUCCUCCCUCUAGUCUCUCCAUCCCCCGUCUCUCCUGUCUGCUGACUCAGGAGAUGGUCUCUGCGCUCGGGGAGAGGAGUGUGACUGGGGGUAAUUGUUUUCUAUCAGCGGCUCUGAGAGGUGUGGCCCCUCGUUAGGCACACUGCCAGAGCCUCACCUGCUAACUCAGCUUGGUGGGGAGGGCAGGGUGAUGUCAUCAUGGGAGGUGGACAAGUGUGGAUAUCUCACCUGGAACCAUACGUUUAGGACAGUGAUAUCUCACCUGGAA